UAGAAGCAUAAAAAUGUCUAAGUUCAAGGCAAUUUCUUGGAUGCAUUUUCUUGCAUUGAUCAUAGAAUUGAUGUCAUCUCCUUCUGGAGCAUUAGCAUACAAUGUGGUUAGUUUUGGAGCCAAAGGGGAUGGGAGAACAGACUCAAGCUUAGCAUUUCUCCGGGCAUGGAUGGCAGCGUGUAGCUCGGUUAGACCAUCGACAUUAUCCGUUCCUCGUGGUACAUUCUUGAUAAGAUCAGUCACAUUUACUGGUCCAUGCAGAAACAGCAUUCAGUUUGCAAUACUUGGAAAACUUGUAGCCCCUGAUAAUUAUUAUGCCAUUGGGAACUUGGGAUACUGGAUUCAGUUUCAUAAAGUCAGUAGGUUAUCAAUUAUCGGGGGAACAAUCGACGCCAAAGGAGCCCGUUACUGGUCAUGUCGAAGACAUGGACAAAGUUGCCCUCAAGGAGCAAGGUCGAUAUCGUUGCAGUGGUGCAACAAUGUACUUGUUCAUGGUUUGACAUCGUAUAACAGUCAGAUAAUGAAUAUUGCCAUUAACCAUAGCAAUAAAGUGAAGAUACAAAAUUUGAAAAUAAUUGCGCCGAGUGGAAGCCCCAACACUGAUGGCAUUCAUAUCGAGUACUCAAUGGGUGUGACAAUCAAAGACAGUAUUAUUAAAACAGGAGAUGACUGCAUAUCACUUGGUCAGGGCUCCAUGAACGUGUGGAUUGAGAAAAUUGGAUGUGGCCCUGGACAUGGCAUCAGUGUUGGCAGCUUAGGUAACAGUUUCAAUGAAGGUGGAGUCCAAAAUGUGACUGUGACGAAUUCUGUUUUCACAAAGACACAAAAUGGUGUGAGACUGAAGUCAUGGGCUAGGCCUAGUGGUGGCUAUGCAAGGAACAUUGUCUUUAGAAAUCUCGUCAUGAGGAAUGUUGGCAAUCCUAUUAUCAUCGAUCAAAAGUAUUGCCCAAAUAAUAUAUGUCCUCGUCAGAAUUCUGGAGUUAGAAUUAGUCAAGUGACAUUCAAAAACAUUAAAGGAACAUCAUCUACACAGGCAGCAAUGACAUUUCGAUGCAGUUCGAGCAAUCCAUGCUCUGGAAUCACACUGCAAGACAUAAAGCUUACAUACAUAAAUCGCUUGAGAAGACCAACACUAGCAUAUUGUGAAAAUGCAAUAGGAUCCAGCAAUGGCAAAGUUUUUCCCAGAAGUUGCUUGUGAAAAAAAAAAUGAUUUUACACACGAGGGAUGUUUGGAAAACAAAUAUGAUAUGUUUGGCAAGUUUGACAUAUAUAGUAGGGGACUUAAAUAGAAAAAUAAGACAAAAUUUAGUACUACAUACCAAACACCUCAGUCACUUGUAAAUUUCUGAACUUUCUUGUUUUACACGAAGGCGUAUGAGGAGAUGCUCUUAUUGUUAGUUUCAAUAUUACUGGAUUGUCAAAAGAUGUCU